AUGUCUGCUCCGUAUAUGUUCGACCACAUCUCUGACUUACUAUCCCACCAUGGCUGGUCAGAGAAGUCGGAGAAUAGCGCGGGGCCAUUUGACAGCCACUGGCUCCAGGUCCGGUUUGCAAAGGCUUCCGGUUCCCAGGACGAUAAGGGUGAAUGUUUGGUAGUCAACAGGUACAGUUCAUCGAUAAAUAAGGCUACCUUGGUAUUGAGAGCAGCAAGCCGGAACAAGAUGAGCUCUAUACCCAAGUACGUAGCGACUCAAUCGGCUAUUCGAUGCGGCUGUCAAGAAUAUGGCGUAUUGAAUGUUAUCAUCAGUAUUGAAGAUGGUGUACAUGAAGGGUUUCAAAUAUUUCUAUGA